AUAGCAGUUGAUCCUUUGCAGACGAAUUUAGCGUAUCAAAGGUUAAGUACUUUGCUUCAAGGAACUGAGGAAAAUAUUAGGUUUAUAGCUAACAGCGUAAGUGGUGGAGAAAAGUUUACACUGUAUCCUUGGAAUCGAUAUCCUGAUAAUGAAGGAGCAAUGACUUUUCUGACGGAAGAAGAAGCUAAACAUAAGCCAAAAAGCCAAGUAGGAGACGGGGUUGAAUCCGUUCAUUUCCAAGAUCUGAUGGAUGCUGUACUAACAGAUACAGUGGUCGUCAAAAUAGAUAUUGAGGGACACGAGUGUAAGGCUUUGAUUCCCUACCUACAGACAAAAAUCAAGAGUAAGUUUGUUCCUUAUAUCCUGAUGGAAUGGAUUAUAGUUAAGGAUAAUCGAGAUGGUAUGUGUCCAGAUGUUCAACUAUUAAUUCAGGGGUUUAUAGAUUCUGGUUAUCAUCCAGCAGACCUUGUCUCGAUGAAGAAAUUAAAUGUUUUGCAGCAGAAAUCUUGGAAUAAUGUUCUUUGGAUUCAUAAAGAUGCCAAACUUUAAAUAUUCUUUUAUCCAUUUUAAAGUAAAUUUCCAUACCGUAUUUUUUACUCACCAUCUCAUAGUCUUGGGUAUAAAAAGUUGUGUGUUUGUUCGAGGGCACAUGCAUAAUAUAUUAUACAGUGAAACCCUUAAUAACGAAUACAUCGGAAGAAUUUAUCAAAUGUCGUCUUGACAAUUUUUCAAUU